UGAUGAUAAUUAUGCCAUACUGUAAAAGCAUAUGCAUGCAGAUUCGAAUUUUCAGAAUUUAUCACAAUUUAUAAAAAAGUGAAAUAAUGAAUAAUAGUACAAUUUCAUCCAAAGUAAAGCAUUUGCAUAUAUAUUUAUUAGUGAAAAUAAUUUCAUAUUUAUUUAAAGUUGUAUGAAAUUAUUUUUCAGCUAUUGUGUUCAUUUUCACUUAAGAUAUCUUUUAAAAAUUUCGAAUUAAAUUAGAAUUAGUUCCAAAAUAAACCACUAGUGGCGUAACAGCUUUGAUAUGAUCCAAAAACAUUACACUACAUAAAAUUAAACGGGUAAGCGAGUAGUGGAGGAAUUUCAGGUAGGCUAUGUUUCAUACCUACAAUCAUUUAUGUGAAUAUGAUAUUCAGAAAGAUGUAUAAACUUUAAUUACAUAAGAAUGUUUAGUGAUUUUGUAAUUGUGAAUUGCAUGUUCUGUUCUGCUUAUUGUUAAUAGUUAUUCUUGACUUGUUUCCGUUAGAAAAACCAGAGGGCGUCUUCGAAAAUGUACGUUUUCGGCACAUUCAUUUAUCUGCUUUUAAAUGUUUCGUGGUUAUUUUUUCAGAUUGUAAAUAGCGAAGUAGUUUCUCCUGAAAUAAAACCAUUUUAUUUUUCAACAUCUAUACAAGAAGGGAAAAGACAGCAAAUCACGUGUUCCAUCGAAGCUGGUGAUCCACCGUUACAUUUUAUUUGGAAAAAAGAUGGUAGCGAUGUUUCUAGAGAAACAUUAAUCAAAUACGAUGACCUUUAUUCAAUAUUAAUUAUACCUUCGGUUCAGUCGAAAGAUAUUGGAAAUUACACUUGCAUUGUGAAGAAUGCAGCAGGAUCCGAUUCCUAUACAGCUUCUUUGAUUAUGAAAGUUCUAAAAUAUACCAAUGUGGUGCUGCAGUGUUUUAUAUCCCGAAAGCCUUUACAGUUUGCAAGUGGAUGAUCUUGUAUUGUUACAUGUUAAAAUUGUGUUUAUUUCUGUAUAGUUUUAUUGAGUGACUAGUAUUCAAUAAUAACAUGGAAAUAUCGCUUUAAGAUGUGUUCUUUUCAAUCAUACUAAAUACUA